AUGGCAUCCUCUCCAACCACAACUUACCCUUCUACCUCAACCACCAACACCUUCUUGUUUCCAUGGAGGACAAGUAAAAUAGCUAUCACUAAUGGGCCAAAGUCACCACGAUUUCCCUGGGUCACCUCGCCCCGAGGCCCUCUCAACGCUAAUCCGCCUUCCCCUCUCCCACCAAGUUGGGUGCCGCCUACCAUCGACGCAGAAAAACGCUCCUCCCUCUCUGCAAGCAUAAAGCAAUACUUCCUCAUAAGCAAGCGUACCAAGAUAGUUCUCGGCGUUGUCAUAGCCUGCAUUCUCAUUCUCAUCAUUGGCCUGGCAGCUGGGCUCUCCGCACGCAACAAACCACAAGAUCUCCCUCUUCCAUCCGACAAUGGCGGCCCUUAUCAGGGCGAGCUGACAUAUUACGCCCCCGGUCUUGGUGCGUGCGGUAUCGAAUCAAAAGAUGGUGACGAUAUCGUCUCUCUGUCACAUGCCCUCUUCGAUGCUGUAUCGACGAGUGCGAAUCCGAAUCUGAACCCAUUGUGUAGGAAGAUGGUCCGCGCGAGGAGAGGUGAAAUGACUGUGGACUUGAAGGUUGUGGAUAGGUGUACUGGGUGUCAGCCGAGGGAUUUGGACAUUACCGAGAAGACUUUUGCGAAAUUGGCGAGGGUAGAGCAAGGGAGGGUGGAUGUGGAGUGGAGCUGGCUUGAGGAAGUGCCUGACGCUGCUUCUUGA